AUGACUAUCUCGAUAUCAGAAAGUGUUUACGACAGAAGGAGGUCUAUCGGCCAGGACCGCCGCAGGUCUGUUUCAUCCAACUACAAGUGUUUCCAGAACUACUACAAUGCCCUCAAAUAUCUCCAGCCGAAACCGACCUACAUUUCGAAUAUCCGUUCCUCUGUCAACCACUGGCAGCUCAGAGACUUGGUGCAGGUGGAUGCUUAUACUGGCAAUAUCUACCAUACGCUAGACGACUCGAUCAGAGCAUUGCUGGUCUUCCCCUUGUACGAAGAAACCCUCAAGUCCCAUGAUUAUGUGAGUCUACCGUACUUCCCCAGAUGUUUUAAUCAUAGCCCGGGUGGUCAUAUAGUCACUGGUGGUGUGGUAACCUCUCUGUCGAAAGUCUUCUCCAUGGAUAUUCCUGACUUGACAAAGUCCAUCCCAGGAUCCUCACACAGACUGCCCAAGGGGUUGUUCUCCUUCUAUUCACCGUAUACUGAUGGUGACCUUACCUAUAAGUUGGGUGAAAUGAUCAAUAACGCUGUAACAGUAUACCCCGACUACCCUGGCGGUGACUCGCAUUUCACAUCCUAUGUGUGCAACAACGACUCCAACAUGUACAUUUUGGAUAUUGCGAACAACAGGAUUACUGCCGACCGGAAGUUGGUGUGUGAAAACAACACCUCCCUUAACAACGUUCAUCAGCUGCCUGAUGGUAGGUUAUUGACUGCCACAGGUGACUCAAGCUCGAUCUUCUUGCUUGAUCCAAAAUCUCCCAAGCCUCAAAUUGAGGUUAUCAGAACAGCAUACGACUCUGGAUUUGGUAUUUCAUACCAUAAUAACGAGAACACAUUAGCAGUAGCAUUUCAAGAAGGUGCUUGCUUGCUCUACGACUUGAGAAAGGCUACAGAAGAACCGCUUUUUGAGGUGAAAUCAACAAGGCCAGGUCAUCAAUCUGGUGCUUUUAGGUGCUGCAAGUUCUUGCACACCGCCAUUCAGGAUUUACUUGUAAUUUCCGAACAUGUCGGUAGGGUGCACCUUGUGGAUCUUCGUGAUCUUGAUCAAGACAAUCAACAGGUGCUCGUUUUCCCCUUUGCAUUGGACCAGUAUGGUCGCCAUAAACACGAGAGACUAAGUGUGCGUGAUAAGCUCAUGAACUCACAAAGAAAGCACAGCUUCGCUGGUGCUGAUGAUGACGAUAUGAACGAUAAGAACGUGGAUAAGCAUAAGAGAUUCGAUAUCUUUGAUGAGUCGCAGUCUCACUUCUCAGCACCAUUGGUGUAUGAUUAUAACUACCUCGCUGAGGAAAACCCCAAAUUGUUCAAAGACUAUGUCUAUCAGCCGCAGCCUAUGCCCGUCUGCAACGAGGAUGAUGGCAAUCUUGCUCCUCCAGAACUUAAUCAUCCACAGUGGAAUUCGACACCGGUUUCAAUCAAUCAGGACUGUGUGUCUAACCAGGGAGAGAGUCAGUCAGGUCAUCAUAACCUGAUCUCAGUUGAUCCUCAUGAUGUGAGGCAACGUUUGGACUUGGAGGCAGGCCAGGGCCUGUCCCAUGACACCGAAAUGGUCGAUGCGUCUCCUCCACAACAACGUUACUCUUGCCACGAUUCAUAUCAACAAUCAGUCAACCAUAUCCAUGGAGAGAUGGAAUUGUCUGGCUUGGACUGGCUCGAAAACCAAUUGUACAUUGGCUGCGAAGAUGGAGGCAUCGUCACCUGGGACAUUAAUUACCAGUUAAUUCCUGUGGCUGGCUACGCUGACUUGAAGGCUCAUUACCAAAAACUAGAUCCGGAAGUCUCGAAUGUUAUCCUUGUCGGAUGUGGUGCUAUGAUUGACAUCGAGUCCUUCUUUGAGAUAGAUCCUAACGAGUUUGUCACUGAAUUCCAACCUACACCGUUGGAGAACUUGCAUGACCUCGAUGAAAAAGAUCCAGGUCCUUCGUUCAGCAGACGAAUCUAUGUCUUGGACGGAAAUAGGCCGUGGAACCUUGACAAUGUCUUCGGGUCACAUAUGGUAGUGUGUUUCGACGAUGGUUACAUCGACAAGAACCUAACUAAAGAAUUAGAGAGCUUCAAGGUAUUGAUUGAUGCCUCUGAUCAUGAAUCAAGCGAUGAAUCUGGCGACUCAAGUGACGAAGAAUCUGAUGUCAACGAGAUUAUAGAGGAUGUCAGUGAAGAGGAUGCUGAUGACAACGAAGACAACGGCAUUGUUACUGAUGAAUCAGUGGAGAGCAGGAAACGUCGUCGGGAAGAAGUCGAAGCCAAAAAAAUCAAAAAGCAGAGAAGAAAAGAGCUCAAUGCAAGUGAAAAUGUCAUUGAAGCGUAUUACAACCAGGGAACCGCAGUUUUGACCGGAACCACCGCUAUAGUGUACGCUAUAUUAUCUAAAAUUGGUGAAACGAGUAUCGAAAACCUAUGGCUUUCCAUGAUCGGUGCAUCAUCUCUUGAUAGACUUCACCCCGAGGUAUACGACGCCAUAGUACCUCUCUUUCAAGAAGAGGUUAGACGUUUAAGCCCUUCUGCUGGAACUGAACGUUCAGCAGACUCUACAGCAUUAUCUGUCGAAGAUGACUACCAUUUGUUUUUGUUGCGUCAUUGGACACUUUACGACUCGUUCUUUUAUUCUUCAUUGGUCAAUUCAAAACUCAAUCUUUGGACGGAAGACGGAAAGAAAAAGCUUCAUAAGUUGUUUGCAAAGAUGGGAAUUUCGCUUUCAGUCGCACAACAAAAGUGGCUCUAUAUGGACAUUUCUGUCAAGAAGAGCUUGCCCAGCAUCUUCAGCAAAUAUCUUCCGCUUUAUGGUCUCGAGGGAAUAGUCAGAGAUGGCUUUGUGAGGACGUUCGGCUAUACCGGGCAGCUUUCAGCAAUGGAAUGCGUUGAAGCCCUCGCAGCGCUUCUUGAAACCGAUGACGGCGCCGGGGGUGAUAAUAAUAAUGAUAAGGACGAUGAUAUCAACGAAAAGAUCGAAAGAAAGGAAAAACUAUGGGUUAAUAAUUUUUGGUCGUCAUGGGAUGCUCUUAAUAUGAGCAAUCACAGCGCAGCAUCUCGGGUUGUAUCCUCUAACACCAAUUCUCUUGCUGCAGCACUCAGUGUCAAGAAGCUUAAAGGCUAUGAUCUCCUAAUAAGGGGACUCGAGAAAGCGAAAGAGAAUCAACAGAUAAUAUUCAGGACGGGAAUGUCUGUCUUGGAAAGAAAACUCAUGAAAAACUUACGUCUUUAUCGUCUUUGUGUUUUAAAUGACGGUUCCAUUCCAGACUUGAACAUGUUCAGCAACCCUCUUAUCCUUACAAAAUUGGGAAACUGGCUUCUAGAAAACAUCAAUGAGCUCGAAUUUCUUAACCUCGCGUCGAAGAACGAUAAGUCUCUUUCAAACGCAUUGAAGCCCCUCGUACUUGCAAGUUUGGAUCCUGCCUCAGAUACAUACCUUGUUAUUGGUCUUGCACCCAAAUAUCCAAGGGGCCUAGACAACACUGCAAAGGCCAAGAUUGCCCAGCAAAAUAAAGAAAAGCCCCAUCAGCAUGAUUCCACCUUCAUGACUCGUCUUAAUACAUUCAGUGUUGCAUUCCAAAGGGUCGCAGCAUCGUCCGACGCGAAAGUGAGAAUCAAUAGCUUCGAGUCUUCCAUUAUAGAAAUCCGCAAGGAUGAUCUCCUGCCAUUCCUUGAAAAGCUCACGUUGAGUGGCUUAAUUUGA